UCCAUUUCUUUGUUAGUCAGUGCAAUCCUCUCAAAAGGAUGAACACGAUGAAACACGAAAGCCAUGAGCAUGAAUUGAAGUUGAUAGAGGAGGUGGAUAUUAGUAUGGCAGGGAAAGGUAAGUGUGGAAUGUGUGAUUUGCCUCUUGCUGGAGGCUUUGAUCCCAUCUACACUUGCCUUGAAGAGGAUGGCCCUCUCCAUUUCUUCCUUCACAAAAAGUGUGCAGAAUUACCGACGCAAAUCACACACCUUAACCACCCACAACAUCCGCUCACCCUUGGCCGUCACUUCAAUAACACUCUCCCAAACUAUCCUGUUCCAGAUGCCAACAUUUGUGACCUCUGUUGGUGUGAAAUUACUGAAACAAUGUCGGUCUACUAUUGUGAGGUUUGUCGUGAUACAUAUCCAGUCGACAUAUUUUCUGCUAAAUCUGUUACUUUAUUCAGGUAUGGCUUGUGCAUAAAAUGUGCUACAACAGAGCCGAUGCUUGAUCAUCAAGCACAUGAGCAGCACACAUUAACCUUAGUGGCGACGACAAUCAAUUCAGGGUGUGAUGCUUGUGGUUACAUUUUUAGAGACAUGUGUUAUACUUGCCUUCCAUGUCAAUUUUGGAUCCACAGUACUUGUGCUGCUUCACCAUCCACCAUUAAGCUCCGAUUUCAUCAGGAGGACACUCUAAACCUCAUCUAUUCCAUUCCUCACAUGUACCGCGUCUUCAUACAACAUUGCCACAUCUGCAAAAGCAGAGUUGUGGAAGAUAAUUGGUCCUAUUUUUGUGAAGAUUCUGGGUACUUCGUCCACAUAUUAUGUGCUGCUGCAUUAUUAGCAUCAGAAGAAAAUUUGGAAGCAAAAUGUGAGGAGGAGAGUGUUGCAGAAACAUACCUCCAACUUCCUCAUUUUCCAUUACAUAUGACCGACUCCUUGAUCGCGAUUCUGAUGGGACAGCAACAGCACCAGUCAAGCAACCGGAUAAAAGAAGAUGAUAAGGAGGAGGAGGAGGAGGAUGAUCUCGUGAUAAAUCACUGGAGUCAUACGAAACAUCCACUGAUCCUUUUGGAAGAAUUUAAGGGCAAGGGCAAAGAUAAGAGUGAUCAUAUUCAUGACAUGAUAGUAUGUAACGGAUGCACUCUUCCCAUCUCAAAUCAAAAUAAGUACUACGCCUGCCUCGGUUGCAACUUCUUUCUCCACAUUUUCUGCGCCAAUCACUUACCACGGACAUUGCCAGCAGGAAAAUGUUUAGUAAAUCCGCAACACUCUCUUUCACUCACGUACUAUAUUUCUAAACUUUCGCGUUGCUGCCUCUGUGGAAAUAUCACCAAUGGAUUCAUCUACUCCUGCUUUAUCUGCGACACAAAUUGUGAUAUUUUCUGUUGUUUGGCUCCCAAAAAGAUCAAACAUGAUUAUCACAGUCACCCCUUAAUUCAGCAUUAUAAUUCAAUCAGUGAUUACUCCGAGGCCUCAGCAAAAACAUGCAACUUGUGCUUAGAAUUCAUAGUCUGCGGCUUUGAUUACAGAUGUGAGACUUGCAGUGGCAUCCAAAUCCACCAAUGCUGUGCUUUCGUGAUUCCACGAAGCAUGACUCACCGAUGGGACUCUCACACCAUAUCCUUGUUGUAUCCUCCAAUAUAUUUCAAGGGCACAAAAUAUUGCGAGAUAUGUGAGAUACAAGUGAAUCAAGAAACUUGGUUGUUUCGCUGUACUGGAUGUGAUCAUUGUUUUCAUCCCGAAUGCAUUAUGCCUCCGUAUAACAUCAAGACGGGCAUUAUGGAAGAUCGUCCAGAUUUUCAUCACCACAAAUUAACUUUAGUGUACCAAAAGAACGAUAGAUACCCCGAGCGUUUUCAUAAAUUUUUCUCCUGCAGUCAAGGACAUGGCCAUGGCAACAUUGCUAGCGGAUUAUACUUUCGGUGUUCACGUUGUAAUUAUUUCUUAUGUGUAUUUUGUGUCCCCGUGCCUGUUACCGGUGAUCUUCUGAUGCCUCUGGAAACAUUCAGAGAUUUGAUCAUUCUGGCCCUGCAACAAGCAAAUCUUUUAGAUUGAUCUGUGGUACCCUUCAUUCCAUACCCCUCAUUCAAAUUUCCGAUUCUCAUUCUCAUCUACUGUCCAACCGCCUCCUAAGAAGAGUCCUGUUGUGAUACCAUAUUUAAUUAUCAUCUUUUGUACAAUGUUAAGGACUAAUGAGAAGGGUUUGACAUAUCUAAGUAACUCAUGUGCUAAUCUUUGAUAGUUGAAGGCUUGAAGCAAGCUUGUUACAUU